UUCACAAAGCACAGGUUCUUUUGCAGAUCGUCCUGGGCCCCUGGGUCCAUCCAAACCGUCAGCACCCCUGCCUCAGCCCACCAUGGCCAGAGGACUCCCCACAAAUCCUUCCUUCCCUACCCGCCCUGCCUCUGGCUACCACUUCCCGCUGAAGACAGCGAUGAGUCUGCAGCCUGCAACCCCAAAGCCGGGGCCUGUUUCUGGAAGGCGAGGGCAAGGUGCACCUGCUAGAGUGGUAACAGACCUUGCAAAGAAAAAUGAUGAGGACAUCUACCUGGAGUGUGAGCCGGAUCCACUCCCAGCCUUGACUAGGACUACAAGCUCCAAAGCCCGGAUCCCCCCAGUCCCUCUGCCAAGAACAUCUGGAUUGCCCAGGCCCAUGCUUGGUCACCAGGAGGCUCGGAAUGGAGCAGUGGACACCACAGUGAAAGCAGGCCGGAGACUGUCUGCUCCCUCUAUAGCCCCUGCCCUGAGCACCUCUGCUGCUGAGGAUGGAAGCCUUCUGGGUCAGCCUUGGUACUCAGGGAACUGUGACCGUCAAGCUGCCGAGCGAGCCCUGCUUCACUUCCAAAAGGACGGAGCCUAUACUGUGCGCCUCAGCUCCGGGCCUCACAGUUCCCAGCCCUUCACCCUGGCUGUGCUCCUCAGAGGCCGAGUCUUCAACAUCCCCAUCCGGCAACUGGAUGGCGGGCACCACUAUGCCCUGGGCCGGGAGGGCAGGAAUCAUGAGGAGCUCUUCACCUCCGUGGCCGCCAUGGUCCAGCACUACAUGAAGCACCCGCUGCCGCUGGUGGACAGACACAGUGGCAGCCGGGGGUUCACCUGCCUGCUCUUCCCCACCAAGCCCUGAAGAAACGGUGACGCACAUCCACCGUGGGCACCUGUGUGCCCCCUCGGUUUCCUCUCCCACUUUGGCCUCUUUGUACCCCCUGCCAGCCCUCCACUCCAAAGUCCCCGCAGGUUUGA